ACGGUCUCUCUCUUCUCAUUCUCCUCUCUCUCACUCUACAACCUAACGUCGUAUACUCUCUCUGUACAGCUGACGGCGCCGCACCAGUUGCAGAUAUUUCAUGCCGGUUCGGCUUGCCACACUCUUCUCGGCGUGGAGCGAUAUACAUACGAAAAAUCAAGGCUAAGAAGGAAUUCAUUUGUAGAAGCAUAGUGAGGAGGAUCGAUUGAAUUUGGAAGGUCUGCUUUUUCGCUGCUUCUAAUCUCUCUCGUGUCAAUCGGAGCUCACUCUCUCUUUCGAUCGGUGAUUGAAAUCGACAACUAUCCUUAUUUUGUUUUUUAGUUGCAGUUCAGGGCAUUUGCAUCAAUAUAAACAGGAGCAGGAUCAGGGGCAAUAGCUGGUCAUUAUUACAAUAGCUGAACAAAAAAGAGUGAUGAAAGAGCAUCUGAUGGAGGAGCUAGCAAGAAUUGUCCCAAUAGUUUCCAUGCCAGAGCUUGACAAGAUUAUGGAGGAUCGUUUGUCAAGGAAUGUGAUUUGCAGUGGAAAGAGGAAAUCUAAGUCAAGUAGUAUUACUGUUGAAAAUGACAGUAUCACAGUGGAUGAUCUAAUCAGUAACUUACCAGAGGAAAUUCUUUGUUCUAUCAUAUCACUGCUGACUAUGAGAGAGGCUGUUAGUACCAUCAUCCUGUCAAGAAGAUGGAGAUGCUUGUGGAGAAGAACACCUUUAAACCUUGUUUUUGAUGGUUCAAACAUGAAUGGAAAUGGUUGUCAAAUGGACCAACCGGAAAAUCCAGAUGCCAGCUCUAAACAGCAGGAAAAGCAUAGCUUUGUGAGAUGGGUCAAUCAAAUUUUAUCAUUACAUUGUGGUGCGAGUAUAGAAUCAUUCACGGUGGAGUACUGUUUGGGUGUAGAGUACAGUUCUGACAUUGAUCGAUGGAUUCAAUUUGCCGUGGAUAAGAAAGUUCAGAAUCUUGAUAUAAGGUUGUCCCAAAAUAACUGGUCUUUAGAAGAAGACCAAGAGAACUAUAUAUUUCCUUAUUGGCUAUGUACACGGGGUAGUGGAUCAACCUUAAAGCACCUGUCUUUGAACCUUUGUAAGUUGAGUCUUCCUCAAAGUUUUAGCAGUUUCAGCUCCCUCACAUCCUUGGCUGUGGAGAAGACUAGGCUGACUGAAGAAAAUGUUCAGAACAUCCUAUCCAAUUGCUUAUGCCUUGAGUGGUUUAGUGUGACAGGUUGCUUAUGUCCAGCACGUUUGAAGUUUGCUGCGGGUGGAUGUCGAUCACUUAAGUUAAGACACUUAAAUGUAUCUGAUUGUCCAUAUCUAAUUGAGAUUGAGAUUUGUGAUGGCAUAAAUCUUGCAUCAUUUGAAUACACUGGGAAACGGUUAAGCCGGUUAUUGUACAAGAAUAAAGCAGAAAUUGCAAGUCUUUCUGUUCAUACUCCAAUUCCUUUAUUUGGUGUGAUUUCUGAGCCUGACGACCUUUCAAGUGAUUUUUAUUUUCGGAAUGUAAGCCUUCCAAGUGAUUUUCCUCAGCUCGAAACUUUGAUAUUGACCUUAACUUAUGUAAAGGAAGAUAGGGUUCCUAAGCUUUUACCAACAUUCACUAAACUCAAACAUUUGGUGUUAAUAUUCUUUGGACGACAUCCAGAAUACCCCUUGGAACUGAUCUCUUCACUGGUGAAGGCAUCUCCUAUUCUGCAAAAGCUUGAGAUUCAUCUUCCGGUGUUCGAAAAUAAAAUUGUGCAGAAAAAGAUGAAACUGUAUUGCCACAAGCAUCUCAAGGAAGUGCAGAUACACAAUUUUCAGGGUUUCGGAAUGAAAGUUGAGCCUAUAGUAUAUCUGCUUAAGUGUGCUACUUCCAUUCAGAAUAUAACAAUUGGCCGUGAUCUAUGGAGUUACGAAGGCAACGGUGUAUGGUCAAUUCCUAGUUUUGAUCGAGGUGAAAUCAGAAAAAGGCAAGUAUGUAAAAAAUUUCGCGGAAAGGUGCCCUCCACCACUAGGUUACGAGUUUUGUGAUAGCACUUGAUUAAUUAUUUUUAGGUCUGGUGAUGUUUUCCUGUUGUUAUAUUAUGGUGGUAUUUAUUUGUUUGCACAUUGAGUUAAAAUGAGUUACUCUUUCUGAAAGAGUGACUUAUUAUUUUGUGGGGGAUCUUUCCUUGAAUUGUUUAUUAAAUAAAUAUGAGAAGUGAUAAAUCUUUCGACUUCAAUUGCCGACUACUCCUCCGAAUAUAACGUGGUUGGGAAUGAGUCGAAGAGAAAGAGAUGUUUACGGGAAUUUUUUUAAGUGUUCCAAUGGGAUCCAAUCACGUUGUAUUCGUAAGAAGAGUCGACAAUUAACGUCGGAAGAUCUAUCAUUUUUCAAUAAAUAUUGUAA